UGCAAUAGAUUGUGUAACCUGUGGCAGGAUAUGAUAAACAAUGUAUGCAUAGGAGAAGACUUGUGAACAGUAUUGACAGGGUUAGGAGAAGAGGAGGGGCAUUGAUGACCAAAUGUGAGGUAUAUAACCAAAUGUGCAUUGUAUGAUAUUCGGAGCUUUUGGCUAUCGUAAGCUGGGACUCUGUCUGUUUCAUUCAACCAUAGUCUUACAAACUCUGGGUUGCAGACUGAGUAGUUGAGUUGAAGUUCGGUUUAUGAACAUUGAUAACAUCCUUCUCGUAACAGUGCGAUAGCCAGAAAAGUCAUUUUAUGUGAUGGAUUAUCGUCAGAAGAAGAAUUGUACUUUUUUCACCAUUGGAUUGAUAUUUCUGUUAAGUGGCAUCGAGUAUGCUGUCAUCCUCCCUACAAUAUGGAGGUAUCUCCAGAUUUUGGAGGCACCUCCAUACUUCCUGGGUCUGGGCUUGUCUGCGUUCAGUCUGAGUGGGCUGCUGACGGACCCACUGUUCGGCCUCUGGUCCGACCGGACCCGAACUACAAAGACCAUCAUCCUCUACUCCAACGUUUUUGAGAUUGUUGGUAGCUUCAUGUAUUUUAUGGGAUACUCAAAAUGGCUGCUGUUGUGCAGUCGACUUGUAGCAGGUAUUGGUGCAGGAGCAGGCUCCUCCAUCUUUGGCUUCAUCACACGGAGCACCCGGCCAGAGGAACGCGCUGGCGUUUUCGCUGCCAUCAUGGCAUGUCGCCAAGCUGGCCUCCUGAUUGGGCCAGCAUUCAAUCUUUUCCUGAGGCUGUGCGACUUCCAGCUGGGGCCGUUUGUGGUGAACAACUACACCUCUCCCGGGAUCUUCAUGUGUCUGAUGUGGAUCCUGCUCCAGUUUGUGGUGCUGGCCCUGUACUGGGACAUACCACCUAUCAGCUCCGGAGAGGGGGGUAUCGCUGUGGGAGAGAUCGAAGAGGAGGAGCCGCUGGUAAGGGCAGAGGAGACACCGGAGACCUACGGCACUGUCUGGGACGACCAGAUAGAGACAACCCUUUCCUCAGAGACCCACCAUUUCCAGGACCCUUCACAGUGCCCUCCCUCGCCGCCUUCCUCUACCUCUUCCUCGUCCCCUCCUUCGACUAUCUCAAACCCCCUCACAAUUUUCAGUGCUAGUCAAGAGUUUCUGAGGGAGGAGGUGGUGGUGCUCCUCACUGCUCAGUUCAUCACUUUCUUCAACCAGACAGCACUGGAGACCAUGGUGACACCUCUGACCCAGCGCUCCUUUGGCUUCGGAGAGCUUGCCAACAGCCUGAUGUACAGCCUGUGUGGCGUUGAGGUGAUCCUGGGCUUCUUCUUGGUGCGUUGGCUGAGUCGCCAGGUGGAAGACCGCCUGGUGCUGGCCGUGGGGUUGGUCAUCUGCAGUGUAGCCUGCGUCUGGUGCCUCAUCUUCCUGGCCAACCCCCAGGGUGGGUACUCCUGGGAGUUGGCAACGUUCAUCAUCGGAGUGUUCCUGCAGCUGCUCGGGCUUCCCUUCGUGGCCGUGUCCCAGGUGUCUCUCUUCUCCAAAGUCACUGCAGAGAAAACACAAGGGUUCAGUCAAGGCGUGAGGCGCUCUGUCGCGGGGCUGGCUACUAUCCUGGGGCCUCUCUGGGCUGGAGGACUGACCGGUAACUUGUACCUGAUGCUUGGAAUGAUGCUGGCUCUUCUCCUCAUGAUCACAGUGAUGCUGAUACUAUCCUAUGAUCGCCUUGUUGAACCCAAAGUAGUGCAGCACGCCCAGAGCUCAGACAACGGAGAAUAGACAAGGGUCAUGUUCAGUAGGGAGAAAAUGUUUUGAAAUGGGGAGGCAUGACCUGAACUUGUCCAAUAAGAACACAGCUACUGGGUUUCCGAUGCAACACAUUUUGCUACGGUAUGCACUACUGAACAUGUCUUUGCUGUCAACUUGAAUGACAACUGAAGCCCUAAUAAAGGUCAAAGGUGAGGUGAUGUGACACGUACAGUAUGUCUCCCAACUACUAUGAGAAGGUCAAUGAAUGCACAUUACAAUAAAGGUGGUGUGUGUCUAAACUCUGCAAUGCAGAAGAGAUCCAACCAAUGACCUAUAGACUUAUCCAACGCACUUUAAAGCUCUGUGGAGUCUAUUUUACGUUCACACUUUAUUUUGAUAGUCCAGUCAUACUAUCAACAAACUAUCUGUUGAUAAGCAACUUUUUAACAUUUUUAUUUCACCUUUAUUUAACCAGGUAGGCUAGUUGAGAACAAGUUCUCAUUUGCAACUGUGACCUGGCCAAGAUAAAGCAAAGCAGUUCGACACAUACAACAACACAGAGUUACACAUGGAAUAAACAAACAUACAAUCAAUAAUACAGUAGAAAAAUCUAUAUACAGAAUGUGCGUAUGAGGUAGGAUAAGAGAGGUAAGGCAAUAAAUACUGCUUGCUAAGGUUACGGUUAGGUUUAGAAUAAAGGCUAAGGUUAGGGUUAGGGCUAAGGUUAGGGUUAAGUUUAGGGUUAGGAUAGGGGUUAGGAUUAGGAUUAGAGACAGGUUCAGGGUUAGUACAUAGUUAGUUGAAACGUUACUGAGUCUGUAGAGCAUCUACAGAUGGACUAUUCAAAUAAAGUGUUACCCAUUUUCCUAUCCCAACAUUAAUCUUUGCACAUUUUAUCAAACUUGUUUGAAAUAUUGUUGCUUGUAGUGUUUCUGUAAUAGAUAGAAUAUUUAAUAUCUACCAAAAGAUGUAUACAUAAAUAUAUAACAUGGUAUUACGGAUGUACACAAGGGGGCACCGUUGCUCUCUGUUUUAAUAUUUUGAAUGAUGUAAUUGAUGUUGAAUAAAUCAAGUUCUCAAAACCGCUAUUUAUAGUGCACUUGUUAGUGGAGAAUAUUUGUGUUUCCAUAUCUGAACUAUGUACCCAUGCUAGCUUCCUUUAAUCUUUCCCUUCCUUUCUUAUAAUAGAUCCUGUUGUGCCAGGAGGAGUGCCUUUUACCUCUCGUUUUUAGCUCUCAGAUCAGUGCUUAUGUAGAUAGAUAUUCAAGAUAGCCAAGGGUAUAGGGAGGAAGGAAGAGAAUGGAAUAGCAAGUAGCAUUAGUAAUCAGGCAACCCAGAGGUAUCGUAGAUCAGAAUAAAUAACAGAAGACACUCAUUUCUGUUGCCUAUGUAGAGAGGAAGUGCAUAUUUCUAUCUGCAUUUUGGAUAUUUUAACAUGUGCUUCGUAAUGUACAUUUGUAAACCUUUACAAUGGUCAACAAACUGAAGAAUUUUACAUAUAUUUACUCUAAAAUGUUUAGUAAUCAAAACUAAAAAACAAGCAUCAUCAAUUAGGGGUGCUAUUGCAGUGAAAUACUGUCAGUCUAUUUAAAGGAAUACGUCAGGAUUUUGGC